AUGCCUCGCAUCUCCCUGAAUGGUGCUGAGUUUGAGUACAGCAUCGCUGGCCCACCUGAUGGGCGUCUCAUAAUCCUACUCCACGGUGGUCGCGGUUUCGGUACUCAUCCUGCGGACUUCAGAGCGUACCUGCCGCUCACCGACAAGUACCGAAUCCUUGGCUUCGACUUCCGAGGUCAUGGAAAGAGUUCGUGUACGCCACCGUACACGUUUGCGAAAUUAGUGGAGGACAUCGAGGCGUUCCGGAAACAUUUCGCCGGAGAUGAAGAGGCGAUCAUAGCUGGUGGAAGUUUUGGCGGCUAUCUAGCUCAACAGUACGCCGUCACCUAUCGGGAUAAAGUCUCCCACCUUGUUCUCCGAGGGACAGCGCCGUCACAUCACCAUGAAGAAGAAGCCAUGGACACGUUUCGAGCAAGGCUCCAUCGAGCACCUAACGCUUCGAUAGAGAUGAUCCAGAAAGUCUUCUCCGCAUUCGAGGACGACGAAGAGUUCCGACUCAUCAUGUUCGCCCUUGGUCCUUUAUACUCGGAGUCGUAUAACGCAAAUAGUGCACUAAAGAGUAGUCGGAACACAAUCUUUCGUGCCGAAACGCACAAUGAUCUUUACUCUGAAAGCGAGAAGUACUUUGAUUACAGAGACACGCUUCACAAGGUCAAGGCUAAGACCUUGGUGAUCGUCGGCGAGGAAGAUUGGAUAUGCCCUCCCAGCCAAUCAAAGAUCAUUGCAGAGCGUAUACCAAAUUCUCGUUUGGUGGUAGUCCCGGGAGCCAACCAUGGCGUCCAGCAUGAGAAGAACGAAGUGUUUGUUCGUGCGGUGAGGGAGCUUUUGGAGUCGUAA